GGCCUUAAACUCUGGAGUUGAGUACCACUGGGACCAGCUGAAUGAGAACGUCUUCACUGUGCAUUCCAGCAGCAGGAGCACUGAGCGGCCUGGAACCAGCAGAGCCACAUGGAGGACAGACAGGGACAUGGGCCUGAUGAAUGCCAUAGGCCUGCAACCCCGAAACCCCCCCACCUCUGUGACUUCGCAGGGUACCCAGACCUUGGCGCCUCAGCUGCAGAAUGCGGAGGCUCGGACAGAGAGGGAGGUACAGGAGCAGGAAUCCGCCUCUGCAGGGACUGGGGAAGGUGAAGGUCCAGAGUAUGGGGCCAGUGGGGAGGACGCCCUGAGUAGGAUCCAAAGGCUGAUGGCAGAAGGUGGCAUGACUGCCGUGGUCCAGCGGGAGCAGAGCACCACCAUGGCGUCCAUGGGCGGCUUUGGCAACAACAUCAUUGUGAGCCACCGGAUCCACCGCAGCUCUCAGACUGGUGCAGAGUCUGCCGGAGUUGAGGGCACAUCAGCACAGCAGUCCACCUCACAGCAGCUGGCAGCUGAGCUGGAGGGACGGCUCCUUUCAGAGUCUAUGCAGCUGUCAGAGCAUGGCCUGAGCCCGCGGACAGCCCCUGGCAGGAGUGAAGGACAAAGCGCUGGUGAUCUGGACCUGCCAGAGCAGGCUCAGUCCUCCAUGGACACUGAGGGACCAAUUGAAUACAGUGACCUAACUAAUAAUAACCAUCUUCCUGACAGUACCAACUUCUAUAGUAAUGACAGCACCAGUGAGGAGUCACGGAACAGGUAGAGAUUGAGUUUUGUGUUGGUGCUACCCUUGUACUGCUCAGCAGAGACCUGUACCUCACAGCUGGCCAGGAGCUGGAAGAGUAGGGACGUGUGGCUCUGACAGGAUGCUGGCAUUUCUGAGGGCUUCUCUAUCCUGGGUGAGUGGGAAGGGAUAAGGAACUGUAAGGGAGGCCAUGGGGAAGAAAGUGAACUUAACUUCCAACAUUCCCACUGCUGAAGAGUUAACAGGAAUAUGAACCAUACUGGCUGCACAUCAUGCAGAUUUUUAAAGCCCCAUGGGAUCCCCUGAGCUCAGCCCUAACCCUGCAAUUCGGUCAGUGUCAUCCUUUGUAAAGCUUCUUUCCUGUCCUCUUUCCUGCACUUUUAUGCCCAGGGGCUGAUCAGUAGAGUGAAGAAAGGGAAGGGGGCCUGCAGCAUCCUUCUGGAGACAGGCAGUCCAACCGGGCAAACCUGGGCGUGAUGCUCCAGCGCUGUUGCUGGAGUGGAGGAGUCUUCCAGGCCACAGUCCCACUCCAUGGCACAGCACUGGUGCCCCCUCAGAGUGUGGUGUUCAGACACCCAUCCUGCCUGCGCUGUGGUCUUUUCUGGGAGGAACUGGGCUUUGCCAAAACCUGCAUGGCUCAGGAUCUGCUCACAGGUGGGGAUCUUUCCUUUUUAGAGUUAGUUUAGUACUUGGCAGGAACCUAAGCAGAGCUGCUAUAUAGAUGGGUAGAGGGACAGGGGCUACUGCUUUCUAGCCAGGAUGCAGUUCAUGCAAGGAUGUUCUAAGCUGUGCCAAUGUUAACGUGAAUGAGCCAUCCCAGUGGUUUCAUGGUGCCAGGACUGAGCUGCACCUCCUUGGCAGGGGGCAGGAAAUGUCUUUCAGCUCCAGGCCAGGGUGUGAGGUAUGGGUCUGUGAUGUAAGGUGUUGCAUGUGAAAUCUUGACCUUGUACAUGUAGUU